AAAAUCUGGAACUUGCAGAGGCAAUGAGUAAGACCCAGCAGAAACCGACUGCGGAGUCCCGUUUUCUAGAGUUUGGAGAGAGCCUGGAGAUGACUAAGCCCAAUCUUUUACAGAUGAGGACACUGAGGUCCACAGAGGUGUCACUUCCAGAGACGCGCCCCACGGGGUCUCGCAGCCGCAAGGGUCGGACUCGGAGCUGCGGCCGUCAUUGCUCUACAAUCAGUGCAUGUUCCUCACUGACGUCAGCCGGAGCUGUCCUGGCGCUAUAUAAGGCUGGCAGCAGUCCCGGGACAGACCCCGUGUUCCCCAAGGCGCCCUCAGCCCGCCCCGAGGGACCGAGACGGGAGCUCCUUCCUGCAGGGUACAGACGCUCUCCGGCAAACUGGCCGGUGGUACCAUGAGGCCGGCGGGACGUGCGGCGCUGCUGGCGGCGCUGCUGCUCCUGGCACAGCUGCGCCCGGGGAGCAGCCAGUGGAGCCCGGAGGCGGCGGCGGCCGGGGUCCAGGACCCAAGUCUGCGCUGGAGCCCUGGGACACGGAACCACGGUGGAGGGGCCCGCGCGCUCCUCUUGCUGCUGGCGGAGCGCUUCCCGCGCCGCGCGGGACAGGGCCGAUGGGGAUCCGCGAUCACAGGCGAGCGGCCGCGACGGGACGACCCUCCGCUGUCCAUUGACCUCACCUUCCACCUGCUACGGACCCUGCUGGAGCUGGCGCGGACGCAGAGCCAGAGGGAGCGCGCCGAGCAGAACCGCAUCAUAUUCGACUCGGUGGGCAAGUGAUCGGCGGGGUCUGGGGCCCCGAAAAUCUCGACCCCCACCCCCACCCCCGGGCUGAGACGUGCGCGACAGGAACUGACCCAGUCCUGCGGGGCUAGAGCGGCCUAGGGAUACCCUGAGCACUCUCCGCAUUACUAGUUUUUAAUAAAAGUGCCGAAGAGCC